AUGAAGUUUGUUUUCGUCGCUCUCCUGGCCUUCUGUGGCAUUUCUAUGGCCCACCAGCUUGGUUGCUCUCCCGAAGGCAAGCCCGGCCACUUGUUUGGCGCGGAUGUCGACGGCAAGGACAUGGAGGUGUACCAGUUCAGUGACGAGAGGAAGGUGAACGGCCACCAGGGGCUGGUUCGUGCAAAGAACACCUCGCAGACCUUCCAGUUCUACCGCUGCGCUGCUCCUUUCGGCAAGUACAAGAGCGGUGGCCAGAUCCGCAGCGUCCAGAACAAGACGCUGUGCGUUACGCCUGGCGCCGUGAACAUUUACCACACGAACUUUACAUCGACUCAAUACCCCGAGGAUGCCGACCCGCGCAUCUCGCUCCAGCCGUGCGCCACCUCUCACAGCCUGGAACUGCGCAAGCAGUGGUUCUCCAACUCCGCCACGCCGAAGAAGUGCAUCGAGCAAAUGACCCUGCAGGGCUGGAAGACGGACGCACCGAGCGACACGAUUGUGAUGUCGGAGAAUGGCGUUGUUCUCGGCACGCAUGUGAUGAACAGCACCAUUCAGGAGCUGUUCCUCGGCCCUUCGGACGGUUUCAACAACACGUGCGCGUAA